AUGUACAGUUCCCAGAGCGAUGUAGAACGCCUAGAGCCACCGUCGAAGGUGACCAUUCAGCCGGUUACGCGCCAAUCGCUCAAAUUGUGCUUUGUCCCGCCAAUUGGAGUGGCCGCCGGCGUCAUCAAACGAUAUCGAGGUAAAAUACGGCGAGUAUAAAGUAUUCAGUACCUUUUUUACAUAAGAAAAUAUUAAGUUAGCUCACAAGGGAAGUACCCAAAGUGCAACGCUCAGAUUUUCUUUAAAUUUUGCAUACAAUUCGGGCAUAGGCUGCAUAUCAAUUCCUGAAAAAUUUUAGUCGAGAUAGUGAACGAUCUAUGCGAAACGCGGAGAGCGGUCACAAAGAAAACACUUUUUUGGCCAUAAAAUUUAAUUGUAACAUUACAUUCUACGGUAGAAACAGGUAUGAAACUUUUCAUGCCAAAAUUCGCUAAAAGAUAGACUGUUUUUUUACAAAUUUUUACAAUCCAUUUUACAGCGGAAGUUAUCCGAGUGCGAAGCUCAGAUUUUCUUUAAAUUUUCCGCACACUCUGGGCAUAGACUAAGCAUAAAUUCCUCAAAGUUUUAGUUCGCACUUUGAAGGCGCAGCCGGGAUAUACAGCGAGCUUUGCGGCCGAGAGAGUACGCUAAACGCGGAGAGCGGUCAGAGAGAAAAACACUUUUUGGCCAUAUCUUUGCCAGUUUCGUGCGGAAAAAAUUGAUUUUUUGUGGAGAUAUUACUAUAAGCAGUAGAAAUAUGCAUGCAACUUUUUCAUGAGAAAAUUCGCAAAUAAAGCCACAUUUUUUCUAAUUUUCGAUCUAAAAAUCUCGGUCGUUUAUGCAAAGCGGUAGCUAGGAGUUUCGCAUAUCUUUUCUAAAAAAUAAGUCUAAAUUUGUGCCAAGUUUCAUCAAAAUCUGAGCAUCGCAUUUGUGGUACUUUCCCUGUAAAAUACUCAAUUUUCAGUUGAAUGGAGCACGAGCAGCCGAUUCACCCCUAUUCUGGGAGAGAGGGAAUGCUCGGCGAUAAACGCUCGAGAGAUUGUCAUCGGACCGCUAGAGCCGCAGACCGGAUAUUAUUUUCGGAUUGCCUCGGGCACCGCCAUUCGAUUUGGACCUAAUCGGCUGGUCAAUGAUGUGAAAUAUGUUGUUCAAGGUAAAUUAUAGCAUUUUAAGCGCGUUGAAAUGUAUUUUUUUCGUAUUUUUCUUUUUUGCAAAAAUUUUUGACCGCAUUUUGCAGCCUGGAACGAUGAAAAAACGUAUACCUCGGUGGUGCGAAGGGCUGAGAACUUGCUGGAACAGCAUAAUAUCUUGAUUACUGAACAUAUCAACCGGAUCCUUUGUUUUGGUGGGUAUUUACAGCAUUUUACAGUGAUAUUUCUGUACAACGACCUUUAAAAAAAAAUGAACUUUUCUAGUCCCAUCCCAAAGCGAAAACAGUGGGAAGUCAAAAUGGAGCGCAGUCUCAAAGUUCGCCGUGGAAUUGUCGAAGAAAAUUGGAGGGCAAAAAUUUAAUAAGUAAGUACCAAAUAUUUUACGACGUCAUCGAAACUGUGUGGUAAAAAAUACGAUGUCCAUGGACUUUAUGAAAAUACCAUCAAUUUGCCGGGAGAAUACUGAGCGACCGGUCGCUGCGCCAAUCGCAUCGCUGUGAAAAAAAAAAUUUUUUGAUUUUGUCGCGACACAAUUCAUUUUUUCAAAACAAGUUGAAGUACCCGUCAGUCUGUCGGAAAAAUAAUAAGCGCUCUUUCGCAUCGAAAAUCGCCGUUGCGGCAGAACUCUCCCCCUUUUUGAACACUCCCCCUUGAAUGAACCCUCCCCCUUUUUGAACACUCCCCCUCAUUUUGAAAAUUGAAAAAAUGAGGUGUGACAUCUUAUACGAUGAAAAUUUUUUUCAAACCGAAAAAACGAGGUGUGGCAAGUUAUACGAUGAAAAUUUUUUUAUAAUUGAGAAAAAUGAGAAAUUUCUUCAUCGUAUAAGAUGUCACACCUCAUUUUUCUCAAUUUGAAAAAAAUUUUCAUCAUAUAAGAUGUCACACCUCAUUUUUCUCAAUUUGAAAAAAAAUUUCAUCGUAUAACAUGUCACGCCUCGUUUUUUCAGUUUGAAUAUUUUUUUCAUCGUAUAAGAUGUCACACCUUAUUCUUUUCAAUUUGAAAAAGUUUUUCAUCGUAUAACAUGUCACACCUCGUUUUUUCAAUUUUCAAAAUGGGGGAGUGUUCAAAAAGGGGGGGAGUUCAGAUUUUUUGGCGAAAAUCAAAAAAGAAGGAGAGUUCAGCCUUGUUUGGGGGAGAGUUGAAAAAGGGGGAGAGUUCAGAUUGAGGGAAAGUUCAGAAAAGGGGGAGAGUUCAGGCUCAACCGAAAAUCGCAUCGCCACCGAGAAAAUUGCGUCGGCUCAGCGACAUUAGGCUCAUUAUUUCCCCGACAGACUCAUAAUGAUAUAUACUCCGCGUACAAUGUUUUGACCCCCCUCCUAACUCGGUCCAAAGUGUACUAAUUCGGACCAAAUUUGGCAUGUAGUAUACUCACAGGCUAGUAACAAAAAAGAACAUAGCAGGACAAACCUUAUAGUUGAAUUUCAAAAUCUAUGGGCAAUUUUCAAAAAUCACCUUAAAAAAUCGAGGAAAAAGUUUUGACCCCCCUUAAAAAAAAGUUAGAUAUCGCCAGCGGAUGCCACGCAAACCUAUUGUAAUCGACGUCCCAUACCUGAAUACAGGUUAAUAAAUGGUUUUCCGUUGAAUGCUUCGUUGCAUUUGAGGAUUCAACGCGUUAAACCGUUUUUGAUGUAGAGGUGCCCAAAAUGGUAAAAAUCUUCCCCUAGCGUUUUCCAAGAGCUCUAAAUUGGGUUUAUAUUUUGUGAUUUAGACCUGUAUUUACCUUCUCCUUUCGAUAAAAGUGCAUGGUGGCCUGGGAGUGUAGAUUCGGCAGAUACCCUCUUGUCAUGCCCAGCCUUGGUGAGCCAUUUGCUCUUUGACUCAAGGUCGAGAUGUGGUCGUUAGGUCCUCAAUGUAAUCCUGAGACUCCUAUUUACUUUCAAACAAAGAAUAAACUCCCGCUGACACGGUCUCGUAUGGUUUGCAGGCGCAACUUCGCCGAUCUGCGCCUUAACGAAAAACCAGCGUUUUUCAAAUGGAUUUUUAGCCACCAAAAACGGCUUUCAUUUGAUGGACCAGGUAAUUUAAGACGCUACAGCACCCACCAUACUCAUUUGAGACGUAUGAAACGCCAAAUGGGAGGUGGGGAUGUUAUCGUACUCGGGGUCAUCUACAGUAACGGCAAACUUAAGAUUAAGGUGAAUGAAACCCAUUACAAAACGUGUCAAAUCAAAACAUUUUACAUUACUGAGAGUAAAUAUGAGUCUCAGGAUUACAUUGAGGACCUAACGACCACAUCUCGACCUUUAGUCAAAGAGCAAAUGGCUCACCAAGGCUGGACAUGACAAGAGGGUAUCCGCCGAAUCUACACCACCAGUCCACCAUGCACUUUUAUCGAAAGGAGAAGGUAAAUACAGGUCUAAAUCACAAAAUAUAAACCCAAUUUAGAGCUCUUGGAAAACGCUAGGGGAAGAUUUUUACCAUUUUGGGCACCUCUACAUCAAAAACGGUUUAACGCGUUGAAUCCUCAAAUGCAACGAAGCAUUCAACGGAAAACCAUUUAUUAACCUGUAUUCAGGUAUGGGACGUCGAUUACAAUAGGUUUGCGUGGCAUCCGCUGGCGAUAUCUAACUUUUUUUUAAGGGGGGUCAAAACUUUUUCCUCGAUUUUUUAAGGUGAUUUUUGAAAAUUGCCCAUAGAUUUUGAAAUUCAACUAUAAGGUAUGUCCUGCUAUGUUGUUUUUUGUUACUAGCCUGUGAGUAUACUACAUACCAAAUUUGGUCCGAAUUAGUACACUUUGGACCGAGUUAGGAGGGGGGUCAAAACAUUGUACGCGGAGUAUACAUAACAGACAUGUAUUUUGUAUUUCAGAGGUGUCCACUUGAUCCCCUUAAUUAUGAAUGGCCCUCGGCUACUCCUCACCAACGACCGGGUACCCCCGAUUUACACCGUUGACGACAGUGAUCUGAUCAUUUCUAUUGACGAAUUCAACGAUCUCCUUCGAUGGCUGGUAAUGCUGCCUCAACAAAGCCGCUCAAUCAAUGCUUGCCACAUUUUGCAAAAGAAACUCUCCAAGAAUUCGCUGAAUCGACUAAAACAGAAGACUUUAUCGACAAUAGCGAAUAUGUUGGAUGAUUUUGAGCUGAAUCAUGUGGACUACUUCCAUUACAGUUACUUGGAAGUAAGAUUUUCUUUGGUUUCUUUGUUUACAAUCAUCUUUUUUUGGUGGUCAGUGGAAGGUUAUAUUACACUACAAGUGCGACGUUCAGAUCUUGAUAAAACUUGGCAUAGACUUAGAAUAAUGUUUUCUAAGAGAUAUGCGAGACUUUUAGCCCGCGCUUUGCAGAAACAGCCGAGAUUUUUAGACCGAAAGUUGUGAAAAAAUCCGAAUUUUUUUGGCAAAUUUUUGACAUGAAACGCUUCAUAGCUAUUUCUACUGUAGAGUGUAAUAUUUCCACAAAAAAAUAAUUUUUUCCGCACGAAACUGGCAAAGAUAUGGCCAAAAAUUGUUUUUUUUUCUCUUUGACCCGUCUCCGCGUUUAGCGUACUCUCUCGGCUGCAAAUAUUGUUGAAUAUCUCGGCUGCGCCUGCAAAGCACAAGCUAAGAUUUUCAAGAUUUGAUACAUCGCCUAUAUGUAACAUCCAUGCAAAAUUUGAAGAAAAUCUGAGCGUCGCAUUUGGCCCACUUCCCAUUGGUGUUUUAACAACUUCUAAUCUCCAAAACAGUUUCCAGAGCAUUCCAACGCUAAAUUCUUCGUCUGUAUAUGUGAUGGUUAUCACGGAGAGAUACCAUGGUCGAUGAAUUUCAAACCCUUUCCAAGCAUUCUUCAAGAUCUCAAAGAGAAUUCCAAUCUCGGCAGUGAGCUUUGUAGAAAAGUAGUGGAAAUUAUCAGGGACAAACACAAGUCGGAAAGAACGCUAAAGCCUGGGCUGUACGUUGCGUUGCUGCAGGUAAGGGUCAAAUUUUGAAAAUGUGAAAAAUUAAAAUAAAAUCUUCUAAUUCACAUUCUAAAUUUUUUAGUCGCGGAUAGCUAAAACAACUUACAAGGGAAGUACUCCAAGUGCGACGCUCAGAUUUUCUUUAAAUUUUGCACAUACGUCGGGUAUGGACCAAAUAUUAAUUCCUGAAAGUUUUAGGUCGCGCUUUGCGGGCGCCGCCGAGAUAUCGAACGAUUCUUGCCGCCGAGAGAGCACGCUAAACGUGGAGAACGCUCAGAGAGACAAACGCUUUUUGGCCAUAACUUUGGCAGUUUCGUGCGGAAAAAUUUGAUUUUUUGCAGAAUCAUUAUCCUUUACGGUUGAAAUAUGCACAAAACUUUUCGUGCCAAAAUUCGGCAAAAAGUCCUAAAUUUUGGCCGACUUUCGAUCUGAAAAUCUCGGUUGUUUCUGCAAAGCGCGAGCUAGGAUUCUCGCAUAUAUCUUAGAAAAAAUUAUUCUAAAUUUGUGCCAAGUUUCAUCAAAAUCGGAGCGUCGCACUUGGAGUACUUCUCCUGUUAGAUUUUUCGGUCGAAUUUUAUUGUCCAUUGCUAGUGCGCUGAACUGCCACCUCCGUGCUGGUGGCUCUGUUUUUUUCUAGAUUGGCCCACCCCGGCCUUUUUCAACAUGUGCCAAAGCCCAAAAAGGCCGGCUCCGGGGUUCCCAAAGUCUCACGUGGCACGGCCAGAAAUUCAAAAAUCAUGUUUUAAGGCAAAAUUUUUUUGCAAAGGGAGCCAAGAGGCUAGAAAAAUACGUCAAGCGCCAAGCCCGGCUACCAUUCCGCAACUAACAAACUUAUUUUUUGGUCGAAGUUGUCUCUCACUGGCCUCCAAGGAUCGCUGAAUAUCCUUUCAAUCUCAGGAAAGCAGUAACUAAAAUAUUUGAAAAUUAUCUUUUGAUCCAUGGCACAGUAAAAAUAAAAAAAAUUUCUUAUGAAAAUUUCAAGUUUAUAUCUUUUCAGUUCGUCUCUAGUCGUCGUCAAAUGUACGUCCUAUCAUCCGAAAGGAAUCCCUCAAUUCUCCCCAACUUUUACCUUCGAGAAAACCCUUUCCUAACCAAACGAGAAUGGGACCUCUUGCGACUUCAGAAGCCGGAAAUUGGUCGCAUUCCCACCGUUGAUGAGAUUCAGUUCUAUGAAAGAUUCAACGAGUCAGUCAACGCCCUUUUUCGAGGGAUUGGAUUAGAAUUCGACCCCGCUUCGUAUCGAUUGUGGGACGAGUACGUAUUUGAGCAUAACAAUGUGACAAUGUUGAUUGUAAGUUCUUCUAAACAGUCAGGUUUCCAUAUACAAUAUUAUCAUGUAAAGUGGUCCAAGUGCGACUCUCGGAUUUUGAUGAAACUUAGCUCAAACUAACAGGGGAAGUACUCCAAGUGCGACGCUCAGAUUUUUAUGAAACUUGGCACACAUUUAGAAUAAUUUUUUCUAAGAUAUAUGCGAGAAUCCUAUGUCGCGCUUUGCAGAAACAACCGAGAUUUUUAGAUCGAAAGUCGGCGAAAAUUUAGAACUUUUUGCCGAAUUUCGGCAUGAAAAGUUUCAUGCCUAUUUCAACCGUAAAGGAUAAUGUUUCUAUAAAAAAUCAAGUUUUUCCGCACGAAAUUACCAAAGUUAUGGCCAAAAAGCGCUUUUCUCUCUGACUGCUCUCCAAGUUUAGCGUGCUCUCUCCGGCAAAAAUCGUUCGAUAUCUCGGCGGCGCCCGCAAAGCGCCAGCUAAAACUUUCAGAAAUUGAUACUUAGUCCAUACCCGACGUGUGUGCAAAAUUUAAAGAAAAUCUGGGCGUCGCACUUGGGGUACUUCCGUUGUAAAUAAGAAAAUUUCACUUCUAAUAACUUCCUCAAACGGAUCGAAUAUUAAUAUUUGCCAUUAAAAACCCCCGCCAUAAAAAGGUGACUUGGAGUACUUCCCCUGUAAGAAUAAUUUUUUAAAAACAUAUGCGAAACUCCUGGCUUGCGCUUUGCAGAAACGACCGAGAUUUUUAUAUCGAAAGUCAUCAAAAAAUUGACAGUUUUUUGUGAAUUUUGGCAUGAAAUGUUUCAUCUAUCGUCUUCUCUGUGCCAAAAGGCAAUAUUUUUCAGGCGAAAAUGGCUAAGUAAAAAAGUAAAAAUAUGCUAAUUUUUUACGAUUUUCCUCUUAAAAAGUUGCAUGGCUAUUUCUACCGACGAGGGUAAUAUUUUCACAAAAAAUUAUACUUUUCCAAGCGAAACUGGCCAAGAUCUGGCCAAAAGAUUUUUCUGACCGCUCUCCGUGCUUUGCGUACUCUCUCGGCGGCAAGGAUCCUUGAAUAUCUCAGCUGCCCCUGCAAAGCGCAAGCUAAAAUUUUCAGGAAUCGAUAUGUCGCCUAUACGUGACAUGUGUGCAAAACUUAAAGAAAAUCUGAGCGUCGCACAUCAAACAAUUCCUUCGUAAAUUAAAAAGCCUUACUGUUGAAAUUUACAAUCAAAAAUUGAUGAUUUUCCGAAUUUCCAGAUCGUCCCAGCCCCCGAGAAUCUCUGUUUAUUCGCCCCCGAUCUCAACGGCCAAGACUUCAAGCGACAGCUUGGCAAACGCUUCAUGAUGCCCAUUAUCUCCUUCCAUAUUGAAUAUAUCCGCAGUACCUUCCCGAGUCUCGUAAAAGGCUUCACAAAGAUCAAAACCUACAAUGAUUUGUUGGAACAGGUAGAAGAUAUUCAAAUAAAUUUUAAUCAUCCUUUAGAUCCUUCCUCUUUGCGGGUCUGCCGACAAAAAGACGGACCUAAAUAAGGCCAAGGUUUUGGCGGAGCAUCAGUCUCUAAAUUCGGAGUUUUCCAACAUCUGGCAACUGAUUUGCUGGUCGAAUCAGGCCAUAAAACAGUCGAGGGACAAGAGCAACAACUUUGGAGUGCACUUGGAUCAGAUUUUCAGGCAUUUUGUGAGUCCUUUUUUGGCAAUUCGAUUAAAGUCAUCAUUUUUUUAGGACUCCGCAAAAGCUCUGACUUUAUCGAAUGUCCGGUUUGGCCAAGAUGGGAAAACAAUAAAAGUGAAAGUUGAUGACAAAAACCUCUCAAACCUUGGGUUAGAACCUUAUGCCAUUUUGGAGAUCAACGAAAAUACGACUGUGGAGGAAGUGGUUGGUUUGGUCAUCAAAAAUGUUUUUAGAGUAAGUUGGAAUAAAAAACAAAUUUAUUAUCAGUCUGUCGGGAAAAUAAUGAGCACUCUGUUGCAUCCAAAAUUGUUUUGACGCCGACAAAAUUAAUUGUGUCGCGACAAAAUGAAAUUGUUUUUUCACUUCAGCGAGUGCUCAUUAUUUUCCCGACAGACUGAUAAAAUGAUUUUCGAAGGCGUUAGACUCCAAAAAUUCCAAUUUCCUAGCCAUCCAGACCUCAGAUCUUUCCCUCAUCCGCGAUCGGUGCAGCGAAAUUAUGCUCAUUAUUUUCCCGACAGAGUGAAAUACACAAAAAGAAAAUUUUUUUCUCUGCCCGCUCUCCGAAUUUGGUGGUCUCUCUAGCCUCCAAAAAUUGUUGAAUAUCUUGACUGCCUAAUAUGGAAAUUCUUGUCCACAAUGUUUCUACAGAGGCGGACCUGAUCCAUUGGCCAAAAACGUACCAUUUUGUAUCCGGGAGGUAUCAAAAAUGCAGCAAAAUACCUCCCUCUCCAAGUGAAAAACUCCGACUUCAAAAGCGCGCCCGCUCUUUUUGUGAGAGAAAGAAACGAAAAAAACUUCAAAACGGAGUUUUUUUUAGUUGGAGAGGGAAGCAUUUUGCCACAUUUUUGAUGCUUCCCGGAUACAAAAUGGUACGUUUUUGGCCAAUGGAGCAGGUCCCUCACUGUACAACAUUUCAAAAGUGAAAAAAAGAAGAAACGAUUAUUUUUAGGACAACUACAUCAUGUCCCCUUCAUCCUACGAUCUUCUAGUCCUUGACGGAAUCCGAGAGCGUCGGUUUCGUCCUGAAUUUAUUCUUGGCGAACUGAGAGAACCUUGGACGAAUGGGAAGUUUCUAAUCAGGCCGAGGGAAUUUACAACUUGCUCCAGUUCGAACAGCACUGAUUCCAUGAAAUCCAACAAGCGUUGGAAGGUUUUGCCCUGCUAG